CACACACACACACACACACUCACAGAGCGCACAGGGUUAGUGUCAGGAGAACAUCCUGACAGUCCUGAACCGCUCUGGACUCACAUGUGUAGCAGUGACAGACAAGAAGAAGAAGAAGAAGACGAGGAGGAGGAUAAGAGGAGUGUGGUGUUUGUUAAAUCCCUCAGAUCGAGGCUGAUGAUGGAGAACACAUAAAGGACGGCCGAGGGGGAAAAAACCUGCAGGGAGUGAGAGAAGAUGCUUCUGAGUAAAGUUUGUGGAUUUCUCUAGCGAGACAGGGGGAAUUUCUUUUUCUUGAACUUUGAAGAGAAAUCAGCGAGGAGGUUCGACUGCGUCCAGACUGCAAAGACGGGGGAGAAGCCUGCUGAUUUUGGACAAAAAGGGCUUCCCCAGCAGCAUGGCGGCCUCCGACCCUGCCCCCUACCAACUGUCCCUCGUCUUCGUCCUCUUGUCCGUCCUCAUAAAGCAGCCCGCCCUCGCCCAGGACCCGUCCGUCACCACGAGCGUGGCCAAAAGUGACCCGUUCAUCGUCCCCACCACGCUGGCCAACCAGACAACUGGCUACGUGGAGACAACGCAGAACACUCCCCCAGAGACGGGCUUGUCCACGCCCGCAAGUGGCGGGGACGCCGACGACGAGGACUCCCCUCCGGUCGGUGGGACCCGUUGCCAGGGUUACUACGACGUGAUGGGCCAGUGGGACCCGCCGUUCAACUGCAACGCCGGCGUGUUCCUGUACUGCUGCGGCACGUGCUUCUACCGCUUCUGCUGCCAGUUCCGCCAGCAGCGGCUGGACCAGAGCAUCUGCUCCAACUACGACACGCCCAUCUGGGCCAACACCGGCAAACCCGUGGCCACCAUCACCGAGGGCCAGGGGGACCAGGACCGAGACCGCACUCACCUCAUCGUCUACAUCAUCUGUGGAGUGGUGGCCAUCAUGGUGCUGGUGGGCAUCUUCACCAAACUGGGCCUGGAGAAAAGUCGAGGGGGAAGCGGUGGAGGAGGAGGAGGAGCCGGAGGAGGAGCAGGGGCGGGGCAUGCCGACCUCAACUCCAGGACACUGACAGAUCUGCUGAAGCAGCAGGGAGGUGAAGUGAGCUCCGUGGAAAGCGCCACGGCCAGUUCGCCCAGCGGAGGAAGAGCCAAUGGCAUCUCAGCCAGGAUGCUGCGCAGCAGGAGUGAACAGUACCAUCUGAAUAAUUCUCCUCAUGGGCCUUUUGGACCAGGGCUUCCACGGCCACACAGCAACCACAACAACGUGGGAAUGAACAAGUACACCUCCCUCAAAGCUGUGGCGGACAGUGCAUCUAGCAGCUACUACAAGAGCUUCCCACUCAUGGAUUUCUCUCACUACCAACCUGUGGCGCCCCCUGCCUUCCAGCCUGUACCAGUGCAGCCCAAAGACAAGUCCUACAUCCACCAGUCCCUGCCAGCACAGCACGACCUCCAUGGCCCCCUGUCCAUCUCCAUCCCCUCUAGCCAUCUGGAGCAUUCGCAUCUCCCCAAGACCACACACCCGCUCCUCUCCAGCUCAGCCUUCAAGGCCUGGGAGCCAACGGCCCGUCAUGUCCACAGGCAGACCUCUGUCCCGGGACAAACCUCGUCCUCUUCUCUGCAUAGCUCCACAAGAAGACAUGGCUACUCAACCAGGAGGCACGAGAGUAUAGAGAACAUGCCGGAUCUCUUCUGCCAGCCCUAUGAAGGGAUGUAUGGUGGAGCUGGAGGCGCAGCAGGACAGGGACAGGGACAGCAUGUCCACAUGCAACACCAAUCUCAAACCCCCCAUUACCACCACCCUAGGCAGAAGAGCUACUCCACCCACAGUGCGACUGAGGUGACCGUUUGAGCCCCAGUGCCUCAGAGAGCAGCCUGCUGCAAAUACGCAUGAAUGAGUGGACUUUGGUGUUAGCGCCAUGUCAGAGUUUGGGGCAGUUGGCCCAAAAUGUGAGGGAUAUGAAGUGGGGAGGCACAUUGUGACCGAUGUGUGAGAAACAGAGUUAGAUUAAGGAGGAAAAGAGUCUAAACAGAACCACAACUCUGACAGAUUUAUGGACUCAGGUUGUAAAGAUCAUUAUUUGACAUAUAAAGUAUACAGACUCUACAUGAAGGGAAAUCUAACCAAGGUUGCUCUCAGGUUCCUAAGGGUCUAACAGCCUUCACAGAUUCUCGCCCGCCACAGUUUUGAUGCAGCAGUGUAGUCUCAGAGGGGUUCAUUUGUACGGAUUGGAGAACAUAACGACAAAAGUCAUAUGUGUAUCAUGCAAAGGUUUUUCGGUUUCAGGUCGUGUGUGUUAGGUUGCGUUUAGGUUCAGUAUGUCUUAAUUAACAAAUACAAAAACAAAAACAACGAUUCCAUACUAAGCCUGAAACGGAAAAAAACGGACUCGAGAAGAAGUAGAACAAUUUGAUUUGACGUAAACAUGGUUUAUUAUCCUUCAUAUUGCAUUUCUGUAGUUUAUCUGUGGGGAAGAAAAUUAUAACUCUGGACUUAUUUGUUUAUUGAAUCUAAACAGUCAUUUUUAACAUUUGGAUAUGGCAACAACAUCUUGGGAGGUUUUUGGGUUUUUUUUACUACUCAACAUUUAUUUCCAUUUGCAAACAUACAGAGAACAAAUACACAACAAUCACAAAGCAAAUGUUUUCACUCCACCUUGAUCUUCAAAUCCAAAUAUCUUGGGAGGUUAAAGGUCAUUUAUUGAGCUCUGGAAGUAACGGCAACGUUAAAAUACUGUACUUGCGUACCACAAGAGGAAGCUCGCAUACCACUGGUGGUGCACGUUCCUCAGUUUGAGAACCAUGGCCUUAAACAACUGGCCGUUAUGCCUAUGCUUCAAGACGCUACGUUGUGGUGCCUUCAAAUGUGGCUGUGUUUAUUGCGUUUGCUGCGUUUGACAUCGUGAGUUGGAAAAUUGUUUAUGAGAUGUGACGUUUUUCCCCAAAAAUGGGACUGUUAAGGUUCAUUUUUCAAUUAAAUGAAUAUAUUAUCACU